GAUCUAUGGAGGGGUAAAAAGAGCCGGAGGGACAACGUUUCUCUGGGCGACGUUCCGCGUCUUCGUCAGUCAAAACGCGAUUGCCCUACGUUAUAGUUCGUUAUUCUUGUAUUCUAUACAAGCAACAUUUAAAUAACACACUUGGCACUCGCCAAUUUCCGCGGGAGUUUAAAAAUAGUUUAUUAUCCACUGCACGUGAAUUUGUUUCUUAGAUGAUUUUUCAAAUGUUCCAUUAUCCAAAAUAUUCUAAAAAGUGAUUGGAAAUUUAAAAAAAAAAAAAAAAGAAAACAAAUAAAAUUUCUCAACAAUGUUGAGGCAAAUUGUGAUUUUUGCGGUGUUAUUCGCUGUUGUCCAAUGUCAUGACAGCUUCAGAGUGACCUUCCAGUGGAAAUAUAUAAACUACACGUGGCCUUCGGUUGAGGUUAAGGAGAAAGCAAUUACCCGAUUUCAAUAUGUACCGUGGAAUAAUGCAAUAUCUGGUAUUAAAUUAUGGAAAGAGAAGAUAUAUCUAUCGAUACCGAGAUUUAAAUCCGGGGUGCCAGUCACCCUAGCUGUUACAUCGGCAAUUCCCGAUACAAUGGAAAUUUAUACACACAGUGGACCAGCUAGAGUGAAUAUCACUGAUCCAAAAUUGGAACCAUUUCCCAAUUGGGAUAUGCAAGAAAUUGGCGAUUGUGAUGCAUUACAAUUUGUACAGGGUAUGGAAAUUGAUCCCCUUGGAAGAAUGUGGGUAUUGGAUUCAGGAAGAAUUGAUACAAUGACAUUAAAUCCACAAUCAAAGUGUCCACCGCGUUUGGUGAUUCUUGAUCUUGAAAAUAAUGGUGAAGUAUUGAGGAGUUUUGAAUUUCCCGAGGAAGUUGCUAAUAGACAAACGGUUUAUUUAAAUGAUAUUGUCCUUGAUCAUGAGGAUGGUGGUUAUGCAUAUAUCACCGAUACAAGUGAACAAGAUCCGGGAAUUAUUGUUUUUUCAUUGAAAAAUAAUACAUCGUGGAAAGUUCGUCAUCAAUCAAUGAGAGCACAACGUGAAGCAAUUCCAUUUGUCAUUGAUCGUAUACAAAUAAACAGACCCUUCCACGUGGAUGGCAUUGCCCUUUCACCGGCAAGUGUCAGCGAGAGAAUUGUUUAUUAUGCGCCACUAUCGUCAUUUUAUCUCUAUUCAAUACCAGCUGCCGUACUUAGAAAUAGAACGGAAGAUGUUAAUUCUUAUGUUAGAGAAUUGGGAAGAAAACGAUCGCAAAGUGAUGGUAUUGCAAUGUCAGCAACUGGUGUAUUAUACUUUGGAUUAUUGGCCGAUGAUGCUGUAUCCUAUUGGAAUACAACACAACGUGCUAAUUCAAAUUAUCAACAAUCAUCGUUUGCAAUUGGUCAGAGAAUAUUUACAAGGGAUCAUGCAUUAUUGCAGUGGCCUGAUACUUUUGCAUUUGAUGAAAAGGGUCAACUUUGGUGUGUCACAAAUAGAUUACAAAUGAUUGUAUCGAGUAUGUAUAAUAUCACUGUUGACAACUUUAGAAUCAUCAAGUCAAAUGCAAUGGCGAAAAGUUAUCAAUACUAUGAAGAUGGCAGUGCUCCUGUACUUCCGACAAUUCAUGCUGGUGUUGAUCGUGUUGGAUUCUCGUUGGCUACAUGUUUAGCUGUGUUGUUAGUCUUCCUUAUGAAGUAGAAAAAUAUUUAGCUUUUAUUGUGCUAUAUAUAUAUAUAUAAAUAUUUAAAAAAAGGAUAUUCUUUAAGUGAAUGGUUUUAUACCAUAUGAUGCGAGAUUUUUCUCAUAAAGAUCUGUCGACUAGCACCAAAGAUAGAAACAAGUUUAUUUUGAGAGACAAUAAAUUGUCAACACAGUUGUAGUCAUAAUUUAUAUGUCAUGCCAAAAAGUAGACCAUUAUAUAAAAAAAAAAAAUAAUUAUAAUUAACUACUGUAUUAAUCGCCAUAGAUAAUUGUUAAGAGUCUAAUUUUCUUUUGAGCCUGACAAUAUUGUCUUAAAAAAAAAAUAUUCUCAUCAGUGGAUUUAAAAAAAACACACUAUGGGAGUAUUUUUUCUUUUACAAAAAAACUUUAUUCUAUCUUUUAGAAAAAUUUGAAAAUGAGUUUAAAGAGUUAUUUGGAGCAAAUAAUUCUUUUUGAAUGAAAUACUUUUGUUUGAAUCAAAUAAUUCUUUUUUUGAAUGAAAUAAUUUUGUUUGAAUCAAAUAAAUUGUUUUUCUAGUGUAAAAAAAGAAAAUUGAAAGAAAGAUCUUAUUCUGAAAGACGGUGCUAGUGCGCGGGGAUCUUGUACUCGAUGAUCUAAACAUGAUUAGAUGAAUGUGUAGAGUCAAAGCUUAACUGUAAUUACUAAGUCGAUACGCGAAACUUACUUUUUACGGACAAACGGCAUCUAUAUACUAUUCAUAGUGUGUAUACGACUGUUGCGCCGCAUGUUACGGCCCUUUGCCAAGUUUUCUGUUUGGCUUUUAAAAGCGAAACUAUACUAAUCGUCAUUUCUAGAUCGGUCUAAGAAUGUUUAAGAUCAUUCACCUGACUUUUCUUCCGGUUUCAGAGCAUGAACAAGUAAAUAUAGAAAUGGGAAAAUAUUCAAAUUUUUAUGUAAAUUUCCAAUUAAUUAAUAUGAAUUUCUUACAUAGAACAAAAUAUAUAUAUUUAUUUGUAACAAAUAAUUAUUAUUUUUUAUCAAUUAUUAUUUGAAUUAAUUAAAAAUGGUAUUUGUUAUAAAAUAUAGAAAUUAUUGAUUCAAAUACAAUUUAUUUAAUUCAAUUAAUUUCAAAAAUUAUUUAGUCAUAAAUAUUUGAUAGUAAUCAAGUAAUGAAAUAAAUUUUUUUUUUGGGGUAUAACCAAAUAAAUAUUCCCGCCAAUUUAGACUUUGACCUAAUUAAAUUCUCUUUUCGGAUAAAAAUCACCAUUGAUCUCGAUUUUCCCAUCCCUAUGGUAUUUGUGAGAACAAAAAAAAUUUUGUCAGGUUAUCCAAAAAAAGUGUUCGCUUUUUUUUUUUAAUUUCGAUGUAAUACUUUUUUUAAAUCUCGGCAAGGACAUCUAUAAAAGAAAAAUGAAUUUAUGAAAAUUAUUUUAAAAAUCGAGAUUUGAAAAUGAAAAUAAUUAAAAAUUUUGCCCUUUUUUAUUAUUUACCUUUUUCUUAAUUUUUUUUUUUUAAUUAAAGGGCAUUAUUUACAAAUAAUAUAUAAUUUUGCAAUUUGUUUAUUUGUAACUAAAUAAUAAUUUUGCAAUUAAUUUUAGUAUUAAGUUGUCUUAAACAGGAAAAAUUUUGUAUAGAAUAUUCAAUUGAGUCAUUGACCAGAAGAGUUGUAUGAGGUGAUCUGGUAUACUUGUGUGUAGUAUCGUACAAAAAAAAAAUUUAUGAUUGGUUGUUUUUAUUUAUAUUUUCUCAUGACCAAGUGCAUCUUCUCUUUCUCGUCUUCGUCGUGAUGAUGAAAUAGAGUUUCUCUUAAAAGAAAAGAUUGUCACCGAAUUACUCGAGUGGAAUGACAAAAGUCUCUUUAUAUAUAUAUAUAGAGAAAGGCUAUCUCUUUUGAGAAAAACUCUCGACACGCGGAUUAUUUCGUUUUUUCUUCUUUCUUUUAAAAUAUAUUUUAAAAGUAGAAUUUAGCUAUACAACCAAAGAAAAGUAGUAUUUGAAAUUACAAAGAAAUGUAUAUAAAAAGAAAUAAUAUAUAGUUGCACAAUCAUUAUCUACAACAAAAGUUGCAUUCCUAUUUAUUUUGGCAUAUUUUGUUGGAAAAAUAAUUAACGCUUAUUUUUAUUUGAAUAGAAUAUUCUUUGUUUAUUAUUAAAAUCUUUGAAUUUAUUAUUUAAAUAUUCUCUUAAUUUUUUUUUUUAUGAAUAUUUUUCCAAUAUCAAAAAUAUUUUUAAAUAAAAUUUUAUAGUAAUGUUAGUUUUAUAUUGACAAUAUUGAAAGAAAAAGGUAAAUAACUUAGUUUUUUAUUAAAAUAAAUAUUUUGUUAUUAUUGUAUUAUAAUAUUUUUUACAAUGAAUUUUAUUGGUCGAUAGAUUUAUUCUUCUAAGAACAUUGAGUAUGAUGUCCUUGCCGAGAUGUCGAUGUAAAUUAUUAUCAAAUAAUAAAUAGUAUGCGCGUGAAUCUCGAUAUGAAUACACAUCUGGAUGGAUGUUUUCUCAUAUAUAUAUAUAAAAGUACAAUAUCUGUAUAUGUGUUAUAAGUUUUUUUUUUUUUGCGAGAAAGGGUCAAAUCUGCAUUCUCUGAUUUAUAUGUACAUCUUUAUAUUAUUCCAAUGUAACAUGAUCCGAUGGAUUUGAUAUAUAAACGCGAUAUUGAUAUCAAUCAUGAAAGUGUGCUUCUUUCAUUUUACACACAAUUAAAAGUAUUAGAAAUUGAUGCCUAUUAUAUUAAUGCGCUAAAUUUGCAUACAAUAAAAGGUGAAAAAAAAUAAAUAUUGUAAAAAAAAAGUUUUGAACGUGAAAUAAUUUUUUUUUUGUUUUUAAUAUAAAAUUAAAUUUUUUUUUUAAUAAUAAUGAAAAUAAAAAUACAAUUAAUAAUAAUUAUUAUUUGAGUCAAUUAAAUAUUUGUUUCGAAAAUAAAAAAUUAUUGGUUACUUAAUUUUAAAAAUUAUAAAUGUUCAGAACUUUAUAGAUAUAUUGUGAAAAAAAAGAGGUCGACCGAUUAAUUAUAUGGCUCACAAGUCAAUAUUGAAUAUAUUUUUUAUAAUUGGAAAAGAUGCAUUUAGAUUUAUUAGUUAUAUAUAUUUAUACGGCUCACAUUCCUCAUAUUGGAUAAAGUCCACGUUAUUAUCGAAUAAUCAAAGUCUCAUACAUUUUUUAAUUAUAAUUUCAGUCUGUCUAGUAUGACAAUAUUGUUCUAGGAUCGAUUUAUAAAUAACAAAGCUGCGAUUAUUAUAAUAAUUAUUGAAAUUAUUAUUAUUAUAAAUUAAUUAAAAUAAUUACAAAAUCUAUAUCUUUAUAUUUUGUUUGCAUUUACAAAUAAAAUGUAUUUUGUUUUCUUAAACAUGCUUUUAAAUGCAUUGAUUCAAUUUAUUUUGAUUAAAACAAAAGCAUUUUUCAGGAAAAAAAAAUUUCUAUUUAUUCUAUACGGUCGAUCUCUUUUUUUUUUGAAUAUUUGAAAUUUGUUAUUAAAAUUUUGUUUAAAUAUAAAUCAGGAAAAAAAUAUUUAAGAAUGUAAUACCUCAUGUCAUAUAUAUAUAUGGCCUUAGCUCGAUUUUUGUGGAUGGAUGCACUUUAAUAUUUAGUAAACAUAACCGCGCAAACAUAAAUGCAUCUAGUUAUAAUAUUCAUAUGGCCUUAUUGCACGCCAAUCUAUGUGCACAUGUUCGAGUAAUUAUUUUACCAACAAUGCUCCAAAUUUUUUUCACAGCUAAAAUAAAAAGUUGAAAAAUUUAAAAAAAAAAUUUUUAAUAUUAAACUAUUAAUUAUUAAUUAUAUUUUGAGUUUUUUAUUUUAAUUUUGAUUUUAAAUUUUAUUUUCUAGAAAAUUUUGUAUUUUUUUUAAAUUUAUCGAUUAUUAUUAUUAUAAUAAUUGUUAUCUACCUUAUGAAAAAUUAUGUCUGAAUAUUUAUUAAUUUGAGAUGAAGUUAAUUAUUUCAAUAGCCAUUGUAAUAAAAUCUAUUAUCUCCAAGUAUCAUUCAAUCGAUAAUUACUAUAUGGCAUUGUCGUUUUUCCUCCUUCUUAUUUUCGUUCUUCUUCUUCUUGUGUAAUAUCAAAACCCACAGGGUCGUUGUUGGUAAAAAAAAAAAUUACUUCAUCCAAGAUGCCUUUAGAAUGAAAGUGUCCAUAAGUCUGAAAAUGUGUGAAAUUUAGAAAAAAAAAAAAAAUCUUCUUCUCCUUUAAAUGGGGGUUAUUUUUAGGCCCUAUGAAAAUAAUGUGUGUUAAAGGCGAUGAGGCUAUGAGGGGGCCAAUUUCGGUGGCCUUGACACGAAUAGUCACAAAAUAAAGAUAUAUAUUAUUUUAUAUUCUAAUCAUUAAUAAUAAUAAGGGAAAAAAAAUACAGAUUAAUUAAUAAAUUAUUUUUAGCAAAGAAUAUUGCAUUGCAGAUAAUAUAUUGUAUAUGUUUAUAUAUAUAAAAAAAAGCGCAAUUUACGUUACAUUAUAUGUAUAUAAGUCCCCGUUUCAUAUUUAUAAACUAAUUUUUUUUUUUCCAAUAAUAAUUAUUAUUGUCGAACAGAAGGAAA